AUGCAAUGCGAUCAACCAUCAAUUCCUUUGACACCUGAGCAGCCAGCUUCUGAUAGCGGUCUUCUUAUGAGUGAGCUUCUGAAAGAUGCCUUUCAAGCCACAGUUAGUCGAGACUAUGAAAAAGCGGUUUCCAUUAUUAGAAAUGCAGUUUCUACGGAAGAAGCUUUUGGAGUGGAAGAUUUGGAACUGAUAGAUCAUGUAUAUGCCUGCAUAUUGAAUACUUCUCACUAUGACGAGAGUGUAAUUGAGGUUUGCUGGGAAUGGAUAGAAGCUCUGGAGCGGAUCCCUAGAGUGAAAGAUCCUCGGGUUAUUUCCAGUUCACAGCUCAGUAUAUAUUAUGCUUAUCACACGAUUUGUCGUGUCCAAGAAAGAUUGCCAAGACGUGGAAAUCAUUUACAAAUGCGGAAAGAUACUUGGAAGCGGGUCAAAUCUAGUUUUCAAUACUUGUGGUCAAAUGCUUCUCAAUUUUGGAAACCGUAUGAGUUGGAUAGGUUAGACAUUCUCUGUUCUUGGUCUUAUUUAACCUUACAAUACUCUGAUGUGUGCGAUGAUGAUACCGUUCAGUUAAUAGAGACAGCCAAAGAUCAUGCUCAACAUAUUCUAACAACCACAAUUGUUGUUGAGAAUGCUCAUCAAGCUGGACAACGUAUAUCUACAAUUGAAAGAAAUUUGCGUGAUACAAAAGCUAUAACUGAUAAAAUGAGCAGAAGAGUUAGCGGCACCGAAGUACCCACAGUUCAAACGGAAGAUUGUGAUAUUCUCACUGUUAAAAAACUAAAAACGGAAUGCGUGUAA